CCUAAGCAGACCAAAGCCGCAAUUGAAAUAGCCAAGGCAACACUCGUUACUCCUCUUCUAUUACCUUGCAAGUCUGACUCUGCCCGGCGUUGUUCGGCUGCAAUGGACAACCUCCGGCAGGAAUCUUUCAAGCAGCUCCGAGCACCAUGCGUGGAACUCAGCGCUGUAGGACUUCGUUUUCGAGGAAAUCAAGCUUCCGCCGCCGACGUAACCCGAGUUCUUGAGCCGGUGCACAAUUGUUUAAAGGAACUUGCUGCGAAGAAUGCUCUCGACGAGAAGCUAGCUGAAUAUGCAUUCUUUCCGUUGUCGCAUAUCUUCAACGAGACGCAAAGACUGCCUGCACAAUGCAUGGAAUCUGCCGUCCAAUGCUUGCGAAUUCUGGUCGCCGAUGGAUGGCGGCAACGACUGUCUCCUGCAAUGGGCAAGCAACUCAUAAUCCUAUUGACGUUGAUCGUGGGGGGAUCUCCAAACAAGGCAGAAGAGAAGAAGCUACCGAAGCCUCAGGUUUCAGAGGAACUUUGUAUUGCUGGGUUUGACUGCCUCACUGCUAUAUUCACGGUCUUGGAAGGAGCUGUCCCAGAGCAGACAAUCUAUCACGAGAUCGGCACGGCGACGGUUGUGGAUCAAACAGUAUAUAUUCUGCUUGAGGGAAUUGUCGACGAUAGAUCAGAUGAGCUCUGUCUGGCAGCCGCCAGGGCUUUGGAAGCGCUUUAUGCUCGAGUCACGGACCGCGUGGUGCUUGCCAGCAUCAUGCCGCGAACUGUGUCGGCACUGGCUAAGGUUCUAAAGCCAUCAACGCAGACUCGCAGGUCGUACAAACUCCUCCAGAUUUCUUUGCAGAUUCUUACGGAGCUUCUAAGAGCUGUUCUUAAUGACCAUGUCGCCUCGGAGGUCUCCCCACCCGAACUUGGAAGCGACAAGAUAGCUCUAGAUGAGUCCUGGUUGAAGGCCACCACAACACAGAUCAAACUUGCGCUGGCCAAUGUCAUCCAGGUCCGCCGUCACCAGCGAUCAGAGGUUCAGUCUGCAGUGCUAAACCUCUCGCUGAUGGUAAUUGAAGAGUGUCAGACCACACUGUCAGAGUCUAUCCCUAUGAUGGUUGAAACAGUUGUUGUUCUAGCGGACAAAGAGGACAAUGGCGCAAAUGAAGCCUACAAGAAUGUUACUCAUCUUGCCACAACAUACCCUACGGUAUUAGAUUCUUUGAAAGAAUCGCUACAUACCUGGCUCACUUCUUUCCCUCGAAUUAUGCAAGGCAACGAUGAGACUGCUAAACAAUGGGGGCUUCGUCAGAUCUCCACCGUCUUUCAAGUCUUAUCCCAAGUUCAAUCUGGGUCAGAGUUGCUUACCAGUGGUUUGGCAUCCGGUCUAUGUGACAGCGUCGGUGCUGUUGUCAUACAAAACACCAAUGCCCUCCAGCCUUUGACCUCAAUGGAUACUGAAUUCAACUGGGAGAUACUCAGCACUGAUGCCAGAUCUAAGCAAGAAACUCUAAAAGAUCUACGGUCAAUGAUUACUAGAUUAAAUUUGUCUGAGUCUGGGAAUGAGAUUACUCGAUUGAUUGUCAACCGCAUGCACACGGCAUCGAGUGAUUCCGCCAUUGCGCCUUUCUGGUUGGCGAUGACUUUCUUACGGGACAGCACUACAGCAACAGCCGACUUUGAUGAUUUCAUCUCUCUUGAUCAUGUUGAAGUGUCCAUCUCAUCAACCGGCCGUCAUGAAAUGAUUGAAGAGUUAUAUUAUAUCUCAUUGAAUAUACUGAACGAACUGUCAGUUGAUGGAACGGGUGACUGGCGUACAACUGCACUUGCUCUCGAAUCUGUGGCUCUCCAGGCUCAGCAACUCGGCGAGGCUUUCCGACCUGAACUCAUGGACGCACUUUACCCAACUUUGCAGCUGUUGGCAUCACAGAACCCCAACCUUCAGCGCCACGCCAUGACAUGCCUCAAUAUAUUAACCAAUGCUUGCAACUACCCAGACACGAGUGGUAUGAUUAUAGAAAACGUGGACUAUCUGGUAAACUCGGUGGCCUUGAAGCUUAACACUUUCGACGUGUCACCAUAUCCGCCACAGGUCCUGUUUAUGAUGGUCAAGCUCUGUGGUGCCCGGUUGAUACCUUACCUGGAUGAUCUGGUUGAUUCUAUAUUUGGUAUUCUGGAUCUUUACCACGGCUAUCCAAAACUCGUUGAGAUGAUGUUCAAAACUCUAGCUGCAGUCGUUGAGGAAGGGGCGAAGAAACCAUCUUUGCUCACAAUUGACGAGGGCAGAGAGAAUGACUCCCGCGACACCCGCAAGUCUCAAUGCCAGCAUAUCUCAAUUUCAAGCAUCGCCGCAAACAUUGCCAACCGCAAAGCCAAACGACAUGCCGAGGAUGAAUUAACAGAUGCUGAUGGCAAAAUCCCCCACCCCAAAAAGCCAUGGUCAGAAACAUACGACAAACCUCCCCCAGAGCCGUCCAUCGAAGAGCUUCUAAAUCAAGCCGAAUCGGACGAGCCACCACUUCCACCACCCAAAGAACCAGAAGACGCCGAGAAGCCACUCAGCAAAACCCAUGCCCUCCUCCUCCACAUCGUCAAAUCCAUUCCAUCCCACCUAACCUCACCAUCUCCCUACCUGCGACGUUCCCUCCUCUCAAUCCUCAUCGAUGUCCUACCUGCCCUAUCCCAAAACGAAACCAGCUUCCUCCCUCUAAUCAACGAACUCUGGCCUACAGUAGCAAGCCGAAUAAUCUUCCCCUCAUCACAAUCAAAAGCAAACGAAACAUCCAAAUCCCUCAUCGCCACCCCAUCCACAGAAUCACCUCGCCACCCGGAAACCCCAGACCACCAAGAAGAAACCUUCGUCACAGUCGCAGCCUGCGAAGCCAUCGAAGCAAUGUGCAAAGGCGCAGGGGAUUUCAUGUCCACACGUGUCGAAACCGAAUUUUCCCGAUGGGAUCGGCUGUACCGCCGCGUGUGGGAGAAAGUGCGCGCUGACGCCGAGGCUGCGAAUGAGCGCCGUGUCAGGUCUCAGGCUACGACCGUCGCUGCGUCGGGAGAUCCAGCAUCUGCUCUACACUUAGCGCUCUCUUCUUCUCUUUCGCUCUCGCCAUCAACACCGGGGUCGAGAUUCUUCACACCGCACCACCGUCUGUGGCGUGCGUUGAUCUCCCUCUUUAUCACGGUUCUUUCGCAUGUGCGGUUACCGUUGGAAGUGGGUGAUCGUAUUUGCGAGAUGCUUGGUGGGUGGAUUGCGCUGUUUGUCGGGCCUAAGUAUUACUUUGUCUCUAGAAGUUCUGCGUCGGUUGAAGCAAUGGAUUCUGUUGAGGAUGCGAUUCGGGCGAUGGAGGCUUGGAAUGUGGAUUUGACGUGGUUUGUUUUCAUGCAGCAUCGCCUGAGAGCGGAUGCAGCUACUACAGGCAAUGUUGGGAACUCUGAGGGUACUGAUCUCCCUUUCAAUGGCGGGGGGCAGCAGGUCAGGCUUGCUGAGGUUGUGUUCUAG